GCGGUGAGUCAGCGCCGGGCCCGUCCCGCCCGUUCGCCCCCCGCGGUGACUCGGCGACGGCGCUCCGGGUCAUGCUCAGGCAUGUCGGGCCGAGCCGGGCCGGCGCGGAGCUAAGCCCUGACUUGCCUCCUGCUGGCAGCGCUAUAUAAGGCCCGGCCCAGCCCGACUCGACCCAGACACCGCCGCUGGAGCCCAGCGCGGGCUGUACGGGGCACCGAGUUGCAGGCAAAUGUGCAAUACCAAGAUGUCCUCCCUUACGGAUGCCUCCGCUGUCACCGGUUCGGAGCAAGAGGCGCUGGUUAAACCAAAGCCACUAUUGUUGAAGUUGUUAAAGUUAGCUGGUGCAGAAAAGGAUACUUUUACUAUGAAGGAGGUAAUAUUCUAUAUUGGACAAUAUAUUAUGUCUAAACAAUUAUAUGAUGAAAAACAGCAGCAUAUUGUACACUGUGCAAAUGAUCUCCUGGGGGAUUUAUUUGGAGUAACAAGCUUUUCAGUAAAAGAACACAGGAGACUAUAUUCGAUGAUUUCCAGAAAUCUGAUAGCAAUCAAUCAACAAGACUCUACACUUGGUGGCACACCUGAGGAUGAUGCCAAAUCUCAGCAUGAAGAAGAAAAUGUUCUUAAGGAGUCUAUGCAAGAGUUAGAAGAGAAGCAGACUUCAUCAAAUGUGACUUCCCGACCAACUACAUCUUCUAGGAGGAGGACACACAGUGAAUCUGAAGAAAAUUCUUCAGAUGAUCUGCAUAGUGACAGAAGAAAGCGACACAAGUCAGACAGCAUUUCGUUGACGUUUGAUGAAAGUCUCUCAUGGUGUGUAGUCAGUGGUCUGUGCCGUGAAAGAAGCAAUAGCAGUGAUUCAACAGAUUCUCUUUCCAUUCCCGAUCUUGAUGCUAGUUCAUUAAGCGAAAACUCUGAUUGGUUUGACCACAGUUCUGUUUCAGACCAGUUCAGUGUAGAGUUUGAAGUUGAGUCUAUUUAUUCAGAAGAUUAUAGCCAUAAUGAAGAAGGGCAGGAGCUCACAGAUGAAGAUGAUGAGGUUUAUCAGCUGACUAUUUACCAGGAUGAAGAUAGUGAUGGUGAUUCAUUUGAUGAAGAUCCAGAGAUUUCUUUAGCUGAUUAUUGGAAGUGUCCUGAAUGUAGCGAAAUGAAUCCUCCGCUUCCACGACAUUGCCACAGAUGCUGGGCCCUACGCGAGGAUUGGCUUCCAGAUGAAAAGAGUGAGAAACUGGAAAAGAGCAAAUCAGAAGGUUCCUUCCCUGCAGAGGCUGAAGAAGGUUUUGAUGUUCCUGACUGCAAGAAAACAAAAAUGACUGAAGAUAAAGAACCAGCUGUGGAUGAGAAUGAGGAGAAAGCAGUACAAAUUUCCGAGUCCCAGGAAAGUGAAGAUUAUUCCCAGCCGUCAACAUCAAGCAGCAUGUUCUGUAGCAGUCAGGAGGACUAUAAGGAACCUGAGAAGAGAGAAAUGCAAGACAAAGAGGAAAGCAUGGAAUCCAGUCUGCCUGUUACCAGCAUAGAGCCCUGUGUCAUAUGUCAGAGCAGACCUAAAAAUGGCUGCAUAGUACACGGCAAAACGGGACACCUCAUGUCAUGUUUCACGUGCGCAAAAAAGCUUAAGAAGAGGAACAAACCCUGUCCAGUGUGCAGGCAACCCAUACAAAUGAUUGUACUAACUUAUUUUAGUUAGGUGGAUGUUGACUGGAAAGUUGCAAGAGAAACUAUUUUUGUAUGCUUAUUGGAAAAUUAGUAUUUUGCGUCUCUUUACAUUUGGUAUGAAAAAUAAUUGCUGACAUAAAUGCACUGGUGUUGUUCAGAGGUUCACCCAAUAGUCAUAAAUCAACUUGGAGAUUUUCAAUCCUUGUCAGUAGAAAUAACCAAGUCCUGUAAAUCACCUCCCUCUCCAGGUGUUUAAUGUUCCAUGCAAGUUAGUGACGUUUCUUUACUGGAUUAAAUACACACAUUAAAAACCCCAGUUCAAUGAUUGUGAGAGGAGACACAUGUUGAAGCAUUCACUUAUGCGAGUUCCUUGUCUUAAGAAGGUAGAAGAUUCUUCAGGUUCCAGUAUUUGUUGCCCGGUGAAGACACCAGGCUCAAUCAGACCAUACCGAAUAAGUCAAUAAAAUAAAUAGUCUUGUCUUAAAUUCCUCCAAGUAGGCAAACUGGGGGGGAGAUCUUACCAGGAAGUGGAGAAAAAUUUAAUAGAAAAUAAUUUAAGGCUGUGGAAAAAGAGAAGGAUAUUGUAUGUCUUUUAUUUUUAUAGUGUUCAUUGUAAACUUCAGGGCUGUGUGUCCCCCUAAGAAGUCAUUGAUCCAAGACCAGUCAUACAGUUCUCUCUUAAAUGUCUUAAGAAACUGACAUUUUAAAUGCUUUGUGAGUUUGGAGGUCUAUACUAUCCCGACUAUGCUUAUUAUUAUUAAUUUAGCAGCAUGAGAGAAGACUUGAACAGGCAAGAUAAAUGAAGGAGGAGUCUCAUCAGGCAAUAUUAGGGGAAUAAUUUUCUGCAGUUUUUGACUUCAGCAGACCAUUGACUGGAAUAAAAAUAUAAAAAAUUCCAUCUUCAUCUGCAGAAACAAAUAAGCUGUGCAGUUCUAGUUCACAUAGACAUUCUUUAAAUUCAGUAGUCUUUCAAAGUCAAACUGUUCUUUUCUGUAUCACAAGAAUUCUGAAAAUCCAUUGCGGGGUGUUUGGUGAACUCAAAAUUUGUCUCAUUGGACCUUUACUGCUUUUAGUUCUUGUCCCUUCACUGUACUUUGUCAAAAACUUGGUGAAACUUACCAGUUCUGUUCUCAAGGGGUGUGCUGACUGACUCGGUUCUGGGGGGUGUUCAAGAUAGUUCUCUGGAGUGUGUGUAAGCUUUGGUAUCUUCCUGUGGGAUACGGUGAAAAUCACUCGGCUGUAUUUCACAUGGAGAGUUUCUGUACCAGUGAGUGAUAUUUAUUCCUUUGGAAAACUAGAUUACAAGAGGAACUGUAUGAUUUUAGCACCUUUUAUUUUUACAGGUAGUUGCUAAUCAUCUGCCCAACAGGGAAUGGCAAAUAAGCAGUCAGGGGAGUUCCAAGAAUGGAGAUGUAGCCUAAAUGAAAUUGCAUUGUGUUACCAUCCUGCAGGCCAAGGUUCAACAGGUUUCCAACGCCACCAGUAUAAAAUUGCUGAUGCCUGUGUGCUGGCACAAAGACUUACUGCUAUCGUUACCUCCAGGUAAUGCCUGAAGUGCCUAGGAAAGGGACAUAAAGAUGUACAGGAAAGACUUGGUAAAUCCUUGGUUGUGACUUGCCUGCAGAGAAAUACCUUCAUAGGUAAAGUCUGAAUUAUUGGGAUCAGUCACGUUUUGUUCAUACAUUUGAGCUAUUUUUUUUUUAAAAUACCACUAAAAGAUCGUGGUGUGUCUGAAGUUCUAGCAAUUCAUUUUAACUAAACAAAUACAAACCCCAGUUGUAUACAUUUUGUCAAAUUCUUAAUUGCAAGUUUCUUGCCCCUUGCAAUUUGUAAAGCAACAGCAGGUAUCUGGAAGUUCUUGGAAGAUUUUUGGUCAGCAGAAACCCUUCAUGGGUUUUAUGGGAUUUGAUAAUCCUUCAGCCCAAGACGGAGAAGGCCUUUGGGUAGAUAUUUAAUUUUUUCAAGUAGGGAUGCUAAUAGAGGGCUACCUGCCCUAAUUUACACUUCCUAAUAAUUUUUCUUAAUUUUUGAUUUUAUUUAUUUAGCUGCAUUGAGGCUUUCAGAGGCUCUUCAUUGCACCUGCAGGUGAGACCAAACAGUGGUCUUGUUGUGGUCAGGGAUCUGCAGCUGAGAGAAAACUGUAGACAUGUAUAUGCAGAAGGCUCAAUAACAUGGGGACUGUACUUAAAAAGCAUCAUCUCUAAAAACUUUGUCCAUUACAGUGUCUCCCAUGUCUAAGGUUUUUCAGCGUGAUCCCUUCUCUGCAGUCACUACCGUGGCUGUGUAACUGCCAUGCAGGGGGAGCAGCUGCCCUUACCUAGUUCCUACUGGGACAAAUUGUACCAUCCCACUCUUGUUAUUCUGUUACAAUCAAUCCCCUUAAGUGAUCUCCAUACUUAAAAAAAAAAAUUUCUUCUCUCAGAAAGGGAGGUAUGGCCAGAGUGGUGAUCCUUGCUGUUCACAAUCACUCACCUUUAGGUUUAUUCUUCUAAAGCAAUUUCCCAUUAACACUUUCUGUUUUGGCAGAAGAUAGACUGAGACCAUACAGCAUAAUGAAUUUUCCCUUUUAUGCUUUAAAAUUUUACUUCCCUCACACGUCUUCUGUUGUGGAGAAUAGCCCUGGAAAUACCCUCCAAUCCAUACAAUGAUGAGGAAAUGUGGAAUUUUGAUUUCUGCAUCUGCAAAUCACUGUGUCAGAUCUUUUUGCUUUGAGUUAGAUUUUCUGGCUUAAUAUUAUUCUUAAUGACCUCUAGUACAACUAGAGUUUGCUUGGUUUGGGUGCAUGCCUUACAAAUCGGGGAGUGAUGAGUAUUGGUGUCUGUUCCAGUUCCAGUCGGGGAUGCAGCAGGCGAGUGCGUGCCUGGGGCCCAGGGGGUGUGUACGUGACACACGCACCCCAGUGCUGUGGCCCUGACCCCACGCUGGAGCCUUUGGCUCUGCCUCCCCCUUAUCGCGUGGGCACAAGCAGCGACCACCAUGUUCGUUCUGGCCUGUAAGCACAUUGCUGGCCUUGGGCAGAGGCACAAAAGUCAGUAAAAUUUUGGUACAAAAGUUGUUGUUGACAGUUUUUUAUUUGGUGUUUGAGAUCCUUAUUUAAUAUCGCACACAUUUUAAUCUUUAAUUUAUUGCCAUUUGUAAAUAUUCUUGUGCUCACAGUUAGUGUUUUGAGCUCUAAUUUAUUGAAUUAGCCUACUGGUAUAUGUGUAGUCAUAUAAAUAUGCUUACUUAAGUAAAUAACAAGAAAAAUAUUUAAGAAAUGUAGCAUUAAAAUACAGAGAAAUAUUCGGAUUAUAUUCAGAUUUAAGAAGGGCACAGAAAGAUUUAUGGCUUUGUUUCCUUUUUUCCGUCCCUUAAAAAAUCUUCUGCAUUGCACUUGAACAUUUAUUAGAUAUGGAGCUGGUGCAACAUGAGCACAUAGAGAAUAUUUUGGUGGUGUUUGUUUUCCUUUGGAAUGCUUUUGUAUCCCUGAGUACAGCCAAGGAGCUGACUGGCUGCUUCUGGUGCUGGUAACAUCAGGGGUGAUGGUCUGGAAGAUGCAGGACAGCGAUGAGAGAUUUCAAGGUUAAUUUGCAAUGGAUGGUAAUGACUUUUGCUUUUCAACAUUUGACCAGGAAGGUUGCAGGGAAGGCCAGAUGCUGACAGGAUGCAACUACACAAUUUUCAGUAAUUGUCUUAGUCUCUUCCUUCUUGCCCAUUGUCUGUCUUCCUUCAGAUAGACAACAGUAAUGUAUAAAUGGUGCAAGAACUCUCAUUUAUUCUUUUUUAUAAAGUACAAUAAACCUA